UGCAAUUAGUAUCUGACUUUCCCGAAGAGCGUUUGGUUUAUUUUAUAUAGAACGUGCCGGUUGGUAAAGGUUUAGGUUAGAUUAAUCCAACAUUUAAUUAUAAUUUGUGACUAUAAUGGAGAACACACCGCCUAUCAAGAGUAACAAUCCCGCGCCGACGGUAGAACAAAUCAACGCCGACAAAAUCACUCUGCUUGCGAAUAAAUAUUGGGCACCACAUACUAUAGACAAGCAUCUGCCUUUCAAUCCUAAGAUAGUGACACAUGUUUAUUUCAAUGAAGUAUUAGUACCCACGAUGUCCAUUCGAAGGAUUAUGAUGUUGGAAUUUAGUCAGUAUCUGGAGAACUUUCUUUGGCCAAAUUAUGAUGCGAAGACUGCCUCACAAGAACAUACCAUGUCUAUUGUUAUCAUGGUAAACGAGAAAUUCAGAGAGCGGGUACAAGUUUGGGAGGCUUUCGAAAAGAAUCCUACUCACUUUCCUGGUUUCUUUCAAAACGUUCUCGAGGCAUGUCUCCAAGACGACAUAAAGGACUAUAAUUUAAAGCAGCAGACAUCGCUGAUAGUUUUCUUGAAUCAUUGUUUCAACUCUAUGGAAGUAUCCUUGGUUAGAGAAGAGGUCAAGAGAUUGGUAUCUCUUUCCAUGUGGACUUCCUUGCAACAAGGCAGAAGAGAACUUGAAUUCAGAAAGUUCCCAAAGUGGAGAAAGUAUUGGAAAAUAAUUAAAAAGAAAGAUAAUCCAGAAAAUAAGGAGAAACUCGAGUGGGAUCGCAGAUUCUUACACAGAUUAAUGAUCAAAUUUAUGACGAUACUAGAAACUAUUCCUCCAGAAGGACCUGUACUUAUUGACAAAGUACGCUAUUGUGAAAGAUUUUUGGAGCUAGUCAUCGAUCUCGAAGCUUUACUUCCUACAAGACGUUUCUUCAACACUGUAAUGGAUGACAAUCACUUGGUGGUACGUUGCCAGUUAUCUCCCUUGCUGUAUCGUCCAGAAGGAAGUUUAUUUGGACAGCUCCUGGAAAUGCUCAAAUUCUACGCCCGGUUCGAAAUCAGCGAGGAAACUGGCAACCCUUUGAUGGAUCACGACAUGACACAGUUUCAUUACGCUAAAAUUACAUCCCUUCAGAAUGCGGUCUUCGCGAAAUUCCCGGAUCUAAGAAGUUUUGCAUUAACUAACGUAGCCAGCGUUGAUGUGCGGGACGCUCUUUACAAGCACUUCGGUUCACUGAGUCAGGAAAAACUCAGGGGUAUCGCAAGUUAUUUGAAUUUAGUGCCGCCCGUGGAGCGCGAAAAGGAAGAGAAUUGGUAUCGACUGGACAUAGAUUUUCUGCGUGAAUUGCUGAUAUCGCGGCACGAGCGUAGGCCGUCGCAGCUCGAGGAGCUGAAUGAAAUGCCCCUCUACCCGACCGAACACAUUAUCUGGAACGAGAGCAUCGUCCCAACCGAAUAUUUUUCUGGCGAGGGCUGUCUGGCUUUGCCGAAACUGAAUCUGCAAUUCCUCACGUUGCACGAUUACCUGCUACGAAAUUUCAACUUAUUCCGCUUGGAAUCGACGUAUGAGAUACGACAGGACAUCGAGGACGCGGUGAGCAGACUGAGUCCUUGGCAAGCAGAGGAUAGUGGUGUCUAUUUCGGCGGAUGGGCCAGGAUGGCUCAACCUAUCACGCAAUUCGCAGUGGUCGAGGUGGCUAAGCCCAAUGUCGGUGAGAACCGACCGUCGAGAGUCCGCGCCGACGUCACAAUAAAUCUUAAUGUUCGCAAGGAAAUUAAAUCCGAAUGGGAGAAUCUUCGCAAACAUGACGUCUGCUUUCUUAUGACGGUCAAGCCGCCAAAUCCUAUUGGUACCAAGUAUAGUCAUAAGCUACCUUUUAUACCACAAGUGGGUCUAACGACAGUGCGAGGUUGCGAAGUUGAAGGUAUGCUCGAUUCGAACGGAAGAGUGAUAGAGGAUGGGCCUGAGCCGAGACCGAUUCUACCGGGUGAUUCGAGAACUUAUAGAGUAUGGCUAGACUGCAAUCAAUACCGGAUCGACAUGGAUAAUGCCAGUCACGGCGGCGAGGAUGUGUACGAGGGAUUUAAUAUUAUAAUGAGACGUAAACCUAAAGAGAACAACUUUAAAGCCGUCUUGGAGACUAUAAGGGAGCUCAUGAAUACUGAAUGCGUCGUGCCUGACUGGCUGCACGAUAUAAUUCUUGGAUACGGUGAUCCUGGCGCAGCAUGUUAUUCUAGAAUGCGGGAUGAAAUCGCCACGAUGGACUUCAAUGACACAUUCCUCGACAUAGAUCACUUGCGAGCCAGUUUUCCCCAAUACGAGAUUAAAAUCGAUCCCGAAGAUGAGGAAAAUCUCGUGCGACCGUUUCAGCUAACAUUUCAGGAUGUUCUUGCGAAGCGCAACGAUGAACCGAUUAAAAAGAUCAUUAAAGUUAAGCCGCACGUGCCACUCAGUAGAGGACCAUACCGAGCGAAUGAGCCGAAGAAAAAUCAAAUUCCCUUUACGCCGACGCAAGUCGAGGCUAUACGGGCCGGAAUGCAGCCAGGUCUGACGCUGGUCGUCGGUCCGCCCGGUACCGGUAAAACGGACGUCGCCGUGCAAAUUAUCUCAAAUCUCUAUCACAAUUUUCCCAAUCAGAGGACAUUAAUUGUGACGCACUCUAAUCAAGCGCUCAAUCAGUUGUUUGAGAAGAUCAUGGCCCUUGAUAUUGAUGAGAGGCAUCUACUGCGUCUCGGUCACGGAGAGGAAGCCUUGGAGACCGAGAAAGACUUCAGUCGCUAUGGCAGGGUCAAUUAUGUUCUCGCCAAGCGUUUGGAUCUGUUACUGGAAGUUCAGAGAUUGCAGGAAUCCCUGAACGUAAAGGGCGACGUCGCAUAUACCUGUGAAACGGCAGGAUACUUCUUCAUGUAUCAAGUAUCUCCGAGAUGGGAUCGUUUCGAGAGUAAGGUAAAACAAAGACAAAGCACAAGCGAAAAGUCUGAUUUGCCUUCUAUAGUCGAUGAAGAAUUUCCAUUUUACAAGUUCUUCGACAACGCCCCGCAGCCGCUUUUUAAGCGGAAUUCAUUCGAGGAAGACCUCAAGAUCGCGGGCAGCUGCUUCAGAUAUAUCGAGAGGAUAUUCGCGCAGUUAGAAGAGUUCCGUGCCUUCGAAUUACUGCGCUCGGGUCUCGACAGAUCAAAAUACUUGCUCGUGAAGGAAGCCAAAGUAAUCGCGAUGACGUGUACGCAUGCGGCGUUGAAAAGACGCGAACUCGUUGACAUGGGCUUCAAGUACGACAAUAUCCUCAUGGAAGAGUCGGCGCAGAUUCUCGAGAUAGAGACCUUCAUCCCGUUGCUGCUGCAGAAUCCCCAGGAUGGUUACAAUCGCUUGAAGCGUUGGAUAAUGAUAGGUGAUCACCAUCAGUUGCCACCCGUAAUAAAAAAUAUGGCUUUCCAGAAGUACUCGAACAUGGAGCAAUCACUGUUCGCGAGGUUCGUGAGACUAGGCGUUCCCACGGUUGAUCUUGAUGGGCAAGGUCGUGCCAGACCUAGCAUUUGUAAUCUGUACAACUGGCGUUACAAGAAACUGGGCAAUCUGGCACACGUGGAGCACAGUCCCGAGUAUCUGGUAGCCAAUGCCGGUUUCCUGUACGAUUUCCAGCUGGUGAACGUUGAGGACUUCAAUGGCGUCGGCGAGAGCGAACCCAGCGCUUACUUCUACCAGAAUCUUGCGGAGGCUGAAUAUUGCGUUGCAGUGUUCAUGUAUAUGCGUUUGCUUGGGUACCCGGCGGACAAGAUUAGUAUACUGACCACGUACAACGGUCAGAAGCAUCUGAUAAGAGACGUGAUAAACAUACGGUGUGCGAACAACCCUCUGAUAGGUCGACCGAACAAAGUAACGACUGUCGACAAGUAUCAGGGUCAGCAAAACGACUACAUCCUACUGUCCCUGGUGAAGACGCGUGCGGUCGGACACCUAAGAGAUGCGAGACGUCUAGUAGUGGCAAUGUCACGUGCCCGUCUUGGCCUCUACGUUUUCGCUCGCGUGUCUCUCUUCAAGAACUGCUUCGAGCUGACGCCGGCGUUCGAUCAGCUGAUGCAAAGACCGCUGAAAUUACAACUAUUGCCACAAGAACUCUAUCCUACCGAGCGACCAAACGACGCCGUGCCCACAAUGGUCCCGAUGGAGAUCGAAGACAUGCCGCACAUGGCCAAAUUUGUCUAUGAUUAUUACAUGGAGAAAGUUAGUGGAAUGAAGGGCUCACAGAAAAUGUGGCAGAAACCGGGAACUAUGCAGACAAUGAGCAGUCCAACGCAUAAAGUUCCCGUUCAUCCUGGCGCCGAUGAUGAUACUGAUGAAGAAGAAGAACUCAAUCAACAGAAUGAAGAAACAAAAGAAUUGAAAGAAGCAACAGUAGAAAAUAAAUACGAACCCAUAAAGAAUUUAGUGGAAGACCCUCCGAGUGAGUCUGAAGACGACCGUUAAAUAGAUCAUGUUGUAAUAUGUCUACCUACGUACAAAGACUACCAGAUACUGAGGAACAUUGCACAGGAAAACGAUCCAUUCUAGGAAACAGAAUUUGCUCCAAUUUCAGAACAUGAUGUACAGCAAGCGAUGUCUGCUAGCUUGAAUAAUCGAGCGGCAAUGAUUAUAAUAAAAUAAAUUUUAUUAUAAAUCAUAUUACAUAUAUAUUAAUAUACAACAAUAGAAUAUCUUCUUGCGCAUAACUUAGUAAAAUAAAAUACAGUUUUUAC